AUGGAAACAUCUACUAACAGCACCUCAACAUCUCCAAGCCUUCGAAUCAAUAAUAGUAUACCUCCACCUGAAAUAGGUGAAAAUGAUAGUUUGGAACCAGAGGAUGAGAAAAUUUUAAAAUUGCGUCUAUUAGAAAACGAUGUCAAGCUUCCUAUGAUUGUAUUCUUUCUCACCUUUAUAUUUCCGCCUCUUGGAUUUGUAAUGUUUCUUCCUAACAGAUCGCUUAACAGAGCGUCUUUGCGGUAUAAAUGGUUCAAUCGUUCACUAAUACUAGGUUCUGCGUUGUCAGUAAUCUAUGCCUACAUUUUAUGUUCCUUGCUACAUCACUAUGUAUUCUUUGCCAAGACAGACGAUAUCCUCGGAUAUUCCUACGGCACUGAAAUUAAGGCAUAA